GGCUACGCGCCGGGCCGGAUCUCUGCCCACUUCGCCCGCCCCACGAGCCAGAGCGGCCCCUGGCCCUGCCCCACUACCCUCUUCGGUUUGGGGAGGGGUCGCUCUCUGCUUCUUCCGUGGGCACUGGGGCGUCGUGGACGCGCAAGGACUUGAGGCUGGGAGCCAGACGACAUGCCUUUCUGAUUGCUGCGGGGUCGGGGGAGGGCGCUCCUCCUUGCCCGGGUCCCCGGCCUCCUGGGCACCUCCCCCCAGCGGGUCCCUUCCCCCCUACCCCCCCCCGCCCCAGGACCGGGCGCCCCGCCCCCUCCCCGAACCACCUCGGCAGAGCCUCUUUCUCUGGAACACCCCCUCCUUGGGCCCCGCCGAAAGUUUGACUCGAGGGAAGGGUGACGCCCCCCAGGCCCCCCGCCCCCCACCCCGGCAUCAUGCAUCGGACCACACGGAUCAAAAUCACGGAGCUGAAUCCCCACCUUAUGUGUGCCCUCUGCGGGGGGUACUUCAUCGACGCUACCACCAUCGUGGAGUGCUUGCAUUCCUUCUGCAAAACCUGCAUCGUGCGCUACCUGGAGACCAACAAGUACUGCCCCAUGUGUGACGUGCAGGUCCAUAAAACCAGGCCGCUGCUGAGCAUCAGAUCUGACAAAACCCUCCAAGACAUCGUCUAUAAAUUGGUCCCUGGGCUUUUUAAAGAUGAGAUGAAACGGCGGCGGGAUUUCUAUGCAGCGUACCCCCUGACUGAAGUCCCCAAUGGCUCCAAUGAGGACCGCGGCGAGGUCCUGGAGCAGGAGAAGGGGGCUCUGAGCGACAAUGAGAUUGUCAGCCUCUCCAUCGAGUUCUACGAAGGUGUCAGGGACCGGGAUGAAAAGAAGGGUCCUCUGGAGAAUGGGGAUGGGGACAAGGAGAAGACAGGGGUGCGAUUCCUGCAGUGCCCAGCAGCCAUGACCGUCAUGCAUCUCGCCAAGUUUCUUCGCAACAAGAUGGAUGUGCCCAGCAAGUACAAGGUGGAGGUUCUCUACGAGGAUGAACCACUGAAGGAGUACUACACCCUCAUGGAUAUCGCCUACAUCUAUCCGUGGCGGCGGAAUGGCCCUCUCCCCCUCAAGUAUCGGGUCCAGCCGGCCUGCAAGCGGCUCACCUUGCCUACAGCGCCCACCCCCUCGGAGGGCACCAACACCAGCGGGGCGUCUGAGUGUGAGUCAGUCAGCGACAAGGCUCCCAGCCCUGCCACCCUGCCGGCCACCUCCUCCUCCCUGCCCAGCCCAGCCACCCCCUGCCAUGGCUCUCCCAGCUCCCACGGGCCCCCGGCCACCCACCCUACCUCCCCCACUCCCCCUGCGACAGCCGGUGGGACCACCACAGCUGCCAACGGGGGUACCUCGAACUGCCUGCAGACACCAUCUUCCACCAGCAGGGGGCGCAAGAUGACUGUCAACGGAGCUCCUGUGCCCCCCUUAACUUGAGGAAAGGGACCCUCUCCCUCCUUUUCCAGCCAUGCCUCUCCACCCCUCCACUUUUUCUGGGCCCCUUUUCCACCUCUUCUACUUUCCCCAGCUCCUCCCGCCUUAGGGGUGGGGGGGUGGGUUUUAUAAAUAAAUCUAUAUAUAUAUGUACAUAGGAAAAACCAAAUAUACAUACUUAUUUUCUAUGGA